AUGGCGAAAGAAGGUCCAGAGCAACGUAAACAGCGCCUCAUAGCCAACGGCAUCAGCAAGAAAUGGGACAUCAAGCGGCGAAGUAGACGGCCUCGGGGUAUCACGAACACUGGCAACGACUGCUAUCGCAACGCAACACUGCAGCCAUUCUUCCACUUUCCCCGCUUCGUCAACUGGAUCAAGCAACACAAUUCUGGCGGCGGAAGAUGGCCUUGCAAUCCCAAUGAUCGAAAUCGAAGCCUUGACUGCCUCGAUGCCAUGACGCAGGGCAUUCUUCGAGACGAAAGCUACAAGACGAUGACUUUGAAACAGAGUGCUGCUUACGAUAAGAAUCCCAACGGCGGCACAAUUCGACCUUCAGAUAUAGAAAAACAUGAUCCAAAGCAUUACAGCGGAUGUCUUCCUUGCCUGCUCAAGGCGGUUAUCAAAGACUAUUGGAGUAAUGACAUGGUCGACGACACUGCACCAUACCAUCCCCAACCCUUUCAGUAUACCCACGAUUCAGUGUUUAAACUGUACCAGCUUUUCCAGCGCUACUUCUGCGAAAACCCAGAUGGAUUUUCCGACGAGAUUGACGACCUACGCAGCGAACGCCCGUCUAUGAGCCAAGCGCAAAUUGACCGAUAUACCCGGGCAGAAAGGCGCGAGAACAUGACUGCACAGCAAGAUGCCGACGAACUAGCCGUACGGAUCUGGGACGGCAUUGAAGCAAGUUUCAACCUCGAAACAGCAGACGGCCGCCACCGCACCUCGCAAUUCACCUCCCUCUUCGAACUAACCUACACAAUCUCAAACACCUGCACCGCCUGCCACACCACCAACACGCUGAACCCCGAACACAGCAUCGGCCUCAGCCUCGACCCCCUCCAAAAAGGCCCCGACACCAUCUCCGCCGCCAUCUCCCGAACCCUAAACUACGACUUCUCCCCGGGCAUCCCCUGCAACGCCUGCCACGCGCCCCUCACCUACACCAAACGCACCACCCUAACCGCAACGCCCGAGUACCUGCGCAUCGGUCUAAAACUAACCCGCAUGGACCCCGUCACCGGCGAAAAAGACAAGAUUAUGAAUCCAAUCGGGAUAAACGACACGCUCAAUCUCAGCGCUUACAUGGCAAAUCAAGACGCAGAUGCCGAACCCGUGGUGUACAAGCUACAUUCUGUGACGUACCACUCGGGUCCAGAGAUCACGGCGGGACACUACAUUGCGGGCGUCAGUGGAGUAAAGGUGCCAGGGCAGAAAUUGCCUAGACCGCUUUUUUUGGUGGAUGAUGAGGAGACGAGGGCGUGGGGUGCGGGAGAUGGGGGAGCGAGGAAUGUCAUGGCGAAGAAUCCGAUUCAGCACGAGUCCGGCAGCUUCGAUGCGGUGGCGGUUUGGUAUGAGAUUGUGCCUGGGGCGAGGGAGAGGGUGCCCAGGGGGGUUUCGGCGGCGGAUCGGUUGUGUUUGGAGGAGGGGAGACGGAUUGCGGGGGAGGAGUUGGGGAGGGGGAGGAGGGGGAAGGGAGGGGUGGGAAAGUGA